UCGAAAAUGGCUGCUAUAUUGGAGGUUAAGUCCGCUGAAAGCGUUUAGCCAGUCAUCAGUCGGGUAAACCACGGUGAAAUCAUUCGCUUGUGUUGCGGAUUCAUUGCACGAAUACCAAGGAUAAUGGUCCGCUAAUGUCUGCUGGUCCGCUUUGACGACCUCCAAAGAUAGUUGUCGUUUAACCACAUCUGUGUGAAUAAUGUUCCGUGCGAGAGCACAUACUUGGUUUUCAACUUGCCUGGAGAAUCUUCAUGACUGUGUUCAGCCUUUCUCUUUCAAAAAGAUAAAUGGAAUACAAUUUAUGAAUUUAUCAGAUAAUGAUAUCAAGUCUCUGCGCAUCUCACAAGAAAGCAAAAGAAAACUGGCAAAAGUGCUGAAAAGAAUCAAGGGAAAGAGACAAAGUGCCCGUAAAAGGUUUGACGGAGAUUCCUCGGGAUUAAAAGAGAGAAGAAAGCCACCUGCAUUACCAGCUAAUGUACUUGAUGAAGAAGCAGAAAGUGAUGAUGGCUGGGCAACUGAUGACUUUGACGAUGACCCUGAUGAAUUUGAAGAGGAGGAAAGUGAUGAUGAAUCGGGAGGAGAGUACAUUGAAGCUGAAGAGAAUGAAAGCUUAAUUCCCUCUCCAGAGUCCCCAUCCAAGGAAGUCCCCAAAGUUCCAUUUGGUCUGGUUGCACAGCUGAAGGCUGGCUUAAAUGGAACUGUUGGAAGAGCGCCAUGUACAGUUCCUUCAGAAAGUCAUCGCACUAAGACAACACCAAUGCCAUAUGAUGAUGACGAUGAUCAAAUAUAUGAUGAACCUCCAGAAGAAGUUUAUGAGGAACCAAGUGAUGAUUCAGGAUCAGGAAUUGUAGUACGUCCCCAGUGUCACAAGAAAAUAAUAAGAUGUGAUUCAAGUGAGGGAUAUAUUGAUGCAAGGUCUACAUCAGUUAUUCCAGAAGAGCCAGUUCAAUGUCCUCCUCCUGCCCCUGCCCGACCUCCAAAACCUGGAUUUUUAAAGGCUAAAAAGCCAGCACCAGUGAUACAACCAGAGCCGGAAAUAUAUGAUGAGGUGCCAGAGGAUGAUGAACUUGGGAGAACGCAAGUUGUGGAACAGGAAACAUAUGAGGUCCCCGAUGACAUGGAUGGAAGCCAACAGUCUUCAAAACCAUCGCAGUAUGAAGGAGAUGGUGAAACCUAUGAAGUACCUGAACAAGAAGACCAAGAGACGUACGAAGUGCCAGAGGAGUCAGCACCAUCACAGCCCCCUCCAAGACCAUCACUAGGAGGAUUUGGUUUAAAGCCUACAAAGAUGGGUACACCAGCUGAGAAAACAAAACCAAUAGUCCCUAAAGAUUUACCAAAACCAAAACCAGGAAUUAAACCUUCAUUAGCAUCUAAGCCCCAGGUCAACCAAAAGCCAAAUGCUCCUGGUCCUGUUAGAGGUACUCCCAAAAGAUCAUCGCGUCUGUAUCCAGCGCCAAAAGAUAACACAGCUCCUCCUGAUUCACCACCAAAAAGACUCUUUGGGUUACCUUUGCCAGGUUCACGACCCCCCAUGGCUACUCCAUCACAAGAACCUGAGAAAAACAACAACGAAAUCCCUCAAGCAAAGCCAUCGUCAAGGUUACCAGCUCCAAACAGUCGCCAACCAGCCCCUCCCCCAUUGGAGGAUACACCACCUCCCCCUCCUAGACCUGGUGCUAAGCCUACUUUGAAGCCAUCAAGAUUGAGUGAUUUAGAUUCCCAAAGGAAAUCUCAGGCUCUUCCUCCACUGCCAGACCAGAAGUCUGCUGAUCCGCUGAAGCAAUAUCCCUGGUUCCUUGGCCCGUUGGACAAAAAAGUAGCCGAAAACGCCUUGAACUCAUUUUCUAAGGAAGGAGCAUUUAUUGUGCGCAACAGCUCAAAAGAUCUUAAUAGCUAUUCAAUGUCGUUGUAUUUCAACAGAAGUGUACGGCACCUGAGAAUACCUCGGCUUCAAAAUAAGAAAUAUGUUCUUGGAGACAGUGGAAAAGUGCAAUUUGAUACCAUAGUGGAAUUAGUCGACUACUACAGUCAGCAUCAUGUUGAUCUCAGGUCAGGAGGGUCCACGUCUCUUACUGCUGCUUGUCCAGUCAAAUAAUUUGAAUCAGAGACGUACUCCAAUUGUUUCUUCUGUCCUUGCAAUUUUCUGGCUGAACAGCUUCCAUGGAAAGUACAGCUCUUUGGAUGGCAAGUGUUUGGAUAGUUAUGAACUUAAACUAUCAACGAAACUUAUUUUGCACCGUUAUUGAAAUAGUCUUAAAUUAUGAUGGAAUCGGCUUUGGAUUGCUGAUGGUUUCCAGCCUCUUUUAUCAGAUUGUUGGAAAAUGAAUCGGAGCCAAUUGUUAGAAAUGAAUCGGAGCCAAUUGUUGGAAAAUGAAUCGGAGCCAAUCUAUUCUGAACCUUCGUUUAGAUAUGUCUUUUUGGUUUUCAUUUGCCAUUGUUAAAGUUGAUUGUUCAUUUUGGAGAUGUAACUUGUUAUUGAUAAUUCUCUGAUAAUUUUAAGAAGAACGAAAAGUGCAAUAUUUUAGAUUUUUGCCUCAUGAGGGAAUUAAUUAGUUCUCAUUAGAAAAGUCUAGUUUUAAGUGGUUAGUUUCAUGUUGACUUAUACUCUGCCUUGUUUUGCUUUCUGGAUAAAAUGUGAAAUUAAUCACACAAAUACGUUUGAAGAAAGCGUGUUUUUGCUUGAAUUCAACGUGAUGACAAUAGUAAUACGAGUUAAUAAGCACUAGGCAAGAAAAUGAAUUAAGUACCUGAAUACCUGAGUAAGAUUUCAGGUUGAGUACUUUAAAAAGAGAAGUAUAUUUUAGAGCUAAAUUGUUAAAGAAAAUUGAGGUUCUGAAGUAUAGCCUACUAAUCGAUUGUGAAGCACUAAAUAAGUAAAGGACACAGUAGCGUGUAACGAGCAUGUUGCCCAAAUUUUGCAAUUGCAGGCUAUUACACUCGUUCAUCGUUGCUCUAAGCAAUUUGAGGUUGUUUUUUUCUCAGCCAGUCAAAUUAUCCAACUUCAAACGUGGAUUAUUGUACGGGACUUUUCCCGCUUUUUUCGAACGAGAAUACACCUGUUUAAAUAGUAA